AUGGGUAACAUCAAACUAGAUCGGUUUAACCGCACAAAGAGGUAUGACGAUAAGACCACCACUAUUGUGGCAGAUGAGGAUGAAGAUAUAUAUAUCGUUGGAGAAUGUGAUCCUCUAAAUAUCGCCUAUGAUGAGAUUUCAUGGAUCAUCGACUCUGGUGCUUCUUUUCACUUCACCCCUGGUGGAGACUUCUUCGCAACCUACCAAAGUGGUGACUUUGGUAAUGUUCAAAUGGGAAAUCAAGGAAGAAGCAAGAUUGUUGGAAAGGGGCUCGUCAUUCUUACAUCAAACAUUGGAUGUAAGAUUAUUCUCAAGGAUGUAAGACAUAUCCCUGACAUGCGUCUCAAUCUCAUAUCAUAUGGAAAGCUCGAUGAUGUUAGUUUAGGAAAUCACUUUGGUGAAGGCAAGUGGAAGCUAACAAAAGGAAAAUUGGUCAUGGCUCGAGGAAAGAAAGAAAGGUCAUUGUAUGUGACACAAGCUAAGCUAUGCAAGGAGGAGGUAAACGUCGCAAAAUGA